AUGCCCAUGGGUGCUCAUCCAGGCAUCUCCCCUUGUGGGGCAGCCGGUACCUGCAGUGGCAGUGGGGACAAGGUGGGGCCGUGUCCCCAGGGAGGGAGGGUCACCGCGGGCUCAUCCUACACCUUUUCUCUCUCCCGUGUGUGGCUGGAAGGGACGCCCGUGAACCGCAUCCCCAUCAUGGCCAAGCAAGUGCUGGACCUGUACACACUGUACCGACUGGUGACGGACAAGGGUGGCCUGGUCGAAGUCAUCAACAAGAAGAUCUGGAGGGAGAUUACCAAGGGCCUCAACCUACCUACCUCCAUCACCAGCGCUGCCUUCACCCUCCGCACACAGUACAUGAAGUACCUGUAUCCCUACGAAUGUGAGAAGCGGGCGCUCAGCUCUCCGGGGGAGCUCCAAGCCGCCAUCGACAGCAACCGUCGGGAGGGACGGAGGCAGACUUUCGGCACGGCGCUCUUUAACUACUCACCGUCUGGCACCCCAACCCUGCUGGCCUCCCCCAAAAUGCCUCUGCCUGCUCUUAGCAUCUCCACGCACAGCUGCGGCCAGCUUGGACAAGUGCAUGCCGUUAAGAAAGAGGAUGGCGUGCUGGCAGCAGCGGUGCCAGGGCGCAUUGCUAUCCCGGUGGGACUGGCCGGCCACCACUUUGCAGCGGCCCAAGCAGCAGCUGCCUCGCAAGCAGCAGUGCUGGAACAGCUGCGGGAGAAGCUGGAGACAGGGGAGCCCCCGGAGAAGAAGGCGGCCCUGACGGUGGAGGAGCAGCAGCGGCUGGUGCAACACGCACUUCAGCACAACCUCCUGGCCGUGGCUUCCCAGUUCCCCAUGAACGUCAAGAUCUCCAACCGAGGUAGCGAGAUGCAACACCUCAGCUUGGAUGACAGACAGGAGACCGCAUUGAACCUGUCCACCAACGGCAUUAGCAGUAUCAACAUGUCAAUAGAAAUAAAUGGAGUUGUCUACACAG